AUGGUCAAUCAACUCCAUGCUAACGCCUGGUGGAGUAUGCGCGGGAAUUUUCUGUCGAUCCCGACUGACUGUCCUCAGAGAGACGAGCGGCUGGGCUGGACUGGAGACAUUCAGAUUUUCUGCCCAUCGGCAAACUUUCUCUACAAUACCGCUGGAAUACUGGGUGACUGGUUACAGGACGUCGCAGCCGAGCAGCUGAAGGAGAAUGGUGGCUGCGUGCCCCCGUUUGUGGUCCCGAAUGUCAUCAGUGAGAAGCUGUGGCCGCAUACGCCGCAAGCUGUGUGGGAUGAUGUGGUGAUCCUGACGCCUUGGGCCCUUUACCUCUCCUAUGGUGACCGAGAGAUACUCCGUCGACAACAUGAGAGCAUGCUUGCCUGGAUCGACAGGGGGAUACGGCGCGGUUCUGACGGGCUUUGGGACCCUGAUCUUUGGCAACUGGGAGACUGGCUAGACCCAGCAGCGCCGCCUGUGGAGCCAGGAGAUGCACGCACCAGCGGCACACUCGUUGCAGAUGCCUACUUAGUGCACAUAACAUAUGUGAUGUCCAAGAUCAGUAAGGCCCUGGAUCAAGAUCAAAAUGCUGCACGAUUCGAGGCGGACCAUGACCGACUUAAAGCUAAGUUCCAGGCUAAGUAUAUCGCGCCUUCCGGGUUGCUCGUUGGUGAUACUCAAACUGCUCUAAGCCUUGCGAUUAUGUAUGACCUCCACUCAACACCCGAGCAGGCCACGGCUGCAGCGUCACGUCUCGUCCAACUCGUGCGGCAAGCGAAGUUCCGCGUCGCCACUGGGUUCGCUGGCACUCCGAUCAUUGCGCAUGCUCUCACCAAAAGCGGAUACCCCCAGAUCGCCUACCGGAUGUUGCAGGAGAAGAAUCGCCCGUCGUGGAUGUAUCCCAUCACCAUGGGUGCAACGACUGUAUGGGAGCGUUGGGAUAGUAUGCUCCCAGAUGGGUCCAUUAAUCCUGGCGAAAUGACCAGCUUCAACCACUAUGCCUUGGGAUCCAUCAUCAACUGGCUACACUCCACCGUGGCUGGUGUGAGCCCUCUGUCUGCAGGCUGGAAGUAG